AUGCCACGAGACCAAGCCCGCGAGCUCGCCCUCGACUUAUUGAGCCGCCAACUCGCCGAGCUCACCUACUGCCACGACAUGCGUCUUCGUCUCACCAGCCAAAUCGCCGCCUAUGAAGCCGAUGCUGCAGACCCCGAGCUCGCUCGCAACUACCUCCUACUCAAGACCCCCGAGGUCAUGAUGAAUCAAGUUCUGAAGACCCUUAUCCGGGAGGAAAAGAAGGAGGCGGAGAAUAAAUUGCGCAUUUUGCGUGGCGAUCUGGCGCAUGUGGAGAGGCAUAUUGUGGAUUUUGAAGGCUAUUUGGGGAGGUUGAAGCAGGAGCUAGAGACACUUUAUGGGGAUCUGGAGAAGGAGAGAGAGAAUGAGGAGGAGGAGGAGGAUGAGGAGUAUGGAGAGAAUGAGAAUGAAGAUGAGGAUGAGGAUGAGGAUGAGGAUGAGGAGUAUUGA